CAAAGAUGGCGCCGAUCGACGACGACGAUGAGAUGCCACAGCUCUCGGGCGAUGCCCUGGCCGCGCUGAAGGAAUUUUACGGCGAGCGGGAUGACCGACAAAAGCAGUUUGAAAACUUGAAGAGCCAGGCGGAAGACGACUUUGAGGGGAAAUUGUCCAUGGAUGCGUUCACCGAAGAUUGGAAUGCUAGCCAGUUUUGGUACAACGAUGAGACGGCUACGACCCUUGCGCGGCAGUUGCUCGAUGGUGCUACGGAUGAGACGAAGAUUGCGGUUGUUUCUGCGCCGAGUGCUUUCAUCCAGUUGAAAAAUUUGCUGGCAUCAGGAGAGUACAAGUGCAGACCCGAGAUCAAGCUCCUCGAGUAUGACGAACGCUUCGCAGUCUUUAAAGAGUUUGUACGCUACGAUUUCGAAAAAGCGAUCCAGCUACCAGCCGAGCUAAAGGGUACUUUCGACCGCAUCAUCUGCGAUCCGCCAUUUCUCAGCGAAGACUGUCAGACCAAAGCUACUCUGACCGUACGAUGGCUUGCGAAAUCUUGGACAACAGAGUCUCUCCGUCUCAUCGUUUGCACAGGAGAGCGUAUGGAGAGCUUAGUGACCAGCAAGCUGUAUGGAAAGGUCGGAACCAAAACCACCGACUACGAGAUCAAGCAUGCGAAGGGGUUGAGCAAUGAGUUCAGGUGCUAUGCGAAUUUCGAAUGUGGAGACUGGAAGUGGGAGAAGUCAUGAUCAAGGACGAAUGCUCAAAAGAGGUCAUCAGAAUUAGACAUCCAUCACGAUUUUGGCCAAUUCGAA